AUGUCUAGUGAAAUACUUGACUACACUACUUUUCUACCGUUAAUGUUACAAGCUCAGGACCUUGUAACUAGAUUGGAGAGUAGGGUAAUUGAAUUGGAAAAUGACCUUGAGACGAUAAGUGGAGUUCACGAACAAGAACGUGAACAUUUACUUGAAGAAAUUGGAGAAAAAGAUGAAUAUAUUUAUAAUCUUCAAACCAAAAUCAAUAGAUUUGAAUUUGGUACAAAAGAAACUAUAACUGUUUUAGCCAAAACUUUAGAAACCUUUAAAUCACGAAUUAAUAUUAACAACAACAAUAAUAUAAAUAAUGUUGAAGACGAUAGCUAUGGUGAUCGUGCUACAACAAUUGAACAAACGGAUUUGGAAGGACAACAUCGUAAAAGUCAUAAAAGACAAUCAUCAUCGUAUUCAAUCCGUAAAAGAAGAGAUUCAAAGGUUACAUUAAGUGAUGAUGAAAAAUUAGAUCAUAAAUUAAAUAUUGUUGGAUCGAAUGUCGUUACCAGCAGGGCAUUAGUUGAUCAAAGUUUAAGAAGAGAAUCUAUUAUUAGCCAAAUUUCAUUGGAUGAUCUUGGUGGACUUGAUGAAUAUGAUUUAGAUGGUGAAGAAGAUAUAGCUGAAUUUAAUAUAUCUGAUGAGGAAGAUUCUAAUGUUCAAAGAGUACAAUAUCAUUCAUUAACAAUGACAUCAUCACCAUCACCAUCACCAAGGAACUCCUUUGAUGGGUCACGUGUAGAAAAAGAAAAAAGGAGACCAAGUGUAUUAUCAUUUAAAACAAAAAGAUCAAUUGCAAGUAUAACCAAUACUAAUAUUGCUACUGAUACUGAUAAUGCUACUGCUACCACAGUAAAUUCAUGUACAAAUUGUAAUCUAUUACUUGUACAAAUAGAUCAAUUUAUUGAUGAUCGUGCAUAUCUUAAACGAGAUCUUUCUAAACUUGCAACUUCGCUUUCAAAAGAACAAACUAUUCGUAAACAAAUUCAAGCAAGUAGGAAAAAUUUAGGACAAGAAAUUGAUCGAUGGGUAAAUGUAAUGUUUGAAAAAGUCAAUCAUAUGGUAUCUGACGAAGCUAGGGUACGAGAAGAGCUUGGUUUGUUGAAUAGAGAAUAUGAUGGGAAAUUUGAAUCGUUGAUUAAAACAUCUGAUAUUAGGCAAGAACAGCUACGAGAAUUAAAAUCAUUAUUGAUUCAUAUUGAUUCUACUAAACAAAAACGAGUUGGUUCAAUGAUUUAUCCAGAUAAAAUUUCAGAAUUAUCAUCAGCCGAUAGUUUCAUGACCAAUGAAAUUAACAAAAAUGAUGAAUUUGGAGCAACAAAAGGCAAAAAUAUUUACAUCGAUGGAAUAGCAUUCGAAGAAUUUCAAGAAUUUAUUAAAUCAUUGAAGACAUCACCAACGUUUAAUAAUAAUGCACCUAAUGCUACGAAUGCAUUUAUGAAACGAUGUAUGACAGAAGACAUUCAACCUUGUCUUUUUGAAAAAAGUACUGGGUGGAAAUCACCAUUCUACAAAAAAAGGUUGAUAGAUGCCAUAAUAAAAAAUCAAUGUGAAAUUCAAAAAAUAUCAUCGAGUAAAUCAAUCUCUAGUCAAACCAGUAGUGAUAACUCUUUAGCAGCAACGGCAGCACCAAUAAUAGUAAAAUGUGGACUUUGUGGAAUGUUAAGAACUUGUGAAUUUGCUAUGAGAUUAUCAGGAUCAGACGCAACCGUUCCAUCGUCAAUAAAUGCUAAUGGUGGAUGGAUUCUACUUGAUCGAUUUUGCAGAGAUCGUAUUGUAGCAGUAUUGCUUGAAAUAUCGUAG